UUCUGUAGAAUGGAGAUCUAGAAAUAGGAUUAUUGUGGUGACAACUGUUCUAGAUAUGAAACUUUAAUUCCCCUAAAAACUAUUGCAUCAGCUUACACGCUGGGCACCAGAAUAAGACAGCAUUUAUUUCCUCGUUCCUUUUGACUACUAUAUAGCCUGUGUCUUUUUUGCAAAAUUUGAUCCAGGAAUAACCUUUUCAUUUUCCAGAAAUCUCAGUGGAAACUCCCUGACUGAAUUACGAAAAGACUCCUUUGCAGGCCUGCUGUCCCUGGAGUACUUAGAUUUAUCCUGCAAUAAAAUACAUUCAAUUGAAAGAGGGACAUUUGACUCACUACCCUUUUUGCAGUUUGUAAAUCUUCGUUGCAAUUUUGUUUCUCAGAUCAGCUACGGAACAUUUCAUGCAUGGCGUGGGAUGCAGUUUUUACAUCAAGUAGUCCUCAACAAUAACCCUCUGACAACUAUCGAAGAUCCAUCUUUUUUUAAAUUACCAGCAUUAAAACACCUAGACUUGGGAUCAACACACGUGCCCCCUGCAGUGCUGGAGAACAUCCUCACCAUGACUCUGGAGUUGCAAAAACUGAUCUUGCCGAGCCACAUGGCCUGCUGCCCCUGCCAAAUUAAGAGUGAUAUCGAGCUUGUGUGCCCGACAGUCAAGCUGCACUGUGACGGCACCUGUCUGUCCAACACCAUGCAGUGCCAUGAGUCUCCUGAGAAAUCUGAGAGCCCAUGGUGACAUUUUUAUUUGGUUUUCACUUUUUGAUAUUGAGCUGGCGGAAUUACAUGUUUAAGUAAUGGUGUCCUUGCUGUAGUUGUCCUCAUGCAGCCUGAAUUUCUAGGCUGCUGCCUUGGUGCAAUCACAUUCUCAGUUCUUGUCCAGGGAUUUAAGCAGACCACUGUGGCAGAUGCACAAGGAACAGGAAUAAGAAAUGGAGGGAAGGGAGC